AUGGCACCGUUGAAAAGCGUGGACAAGCCCGGUCGCUUUAUAUUCAUAUUCUAUGAUUUCGAAACGCAGCAGAAUGUCCUAAUCGUUGGGGACACCUCGACCAAUAUCCAUAUUCCGAAUCUCUGCGUGGCGCAGCAGGUGUGUACGGAGUGUAUCGGUGAAGCCGGAGUAACCUCAGGCUGUUCGGCUUGCGGUAUCGUGCGCGAGUUUAUUUUCCAAAGAGAUCCCGUCAGGGAAUUGGUAGAACUGGCGACAAGACCCGUCCAAAAUUUUUCGCGAAUAAUUUGCAUCGCGCACAAUGCACGCGGGUUGGACGCGCAGUUUAUUCCACGCUAUCUCGUUGAAAACAACAAAACUCCUUCGAAGGUAAUUCUAAGCGGUAGUAAAAUCGUUAUGAUGGAGACUGGGCAUACGCGAUUCUUCGACUCCUUGGCAUACAUGCCGAUGUCUCUCGGGUCACUGCCAAAGGCUUUCGGGCUUCCGAAUGGCACGGUUAAAGGCUUCUUUCCGCAUCUUGUCAACACACCGCAGAGUGUGGGCUACGUGGGCGCGCUACCACCCGUCGAAAUGUACUCACCGGACACUAUGAGCACCGAGACGAGAAAAGAAUUUGACGACUGGUACCGCGAGGCACAAGAACAGGGUUACAGCUUUGACUUUGACGAGGAGCUUGUAAAGUACUGUAGGUCGGAUGUAGACAUUCUCCGUCGCGCGUGUAUCGCAUUGCGAAAUAUAUUUUUGGAAAGCGGCAAAGUGUGCCCCUUCACCGAGAGUACAACCAUAGCGUCCGCGUGCUCCGCGGUCUUUCGGAAAAACUUUUUACAGCCGGAGCGUAUAGGCAUCCUACCGGUGGGAGGAUAUCGCUUUGCUGAUAACCAUUCGCGAAAGGCUUUAGACUGGUUAGCAUGGGUGAAACACGAGUCGCAGCUAGUCAUCCGUCAUGCCGGUAAUUCGCGCGAGUUUAGAGUACCCGAGACGGGGCGUGCGGCGAACGGGUAUUGCGUAACACCUGAUGGCGUGCGGCGAGUUUUUGAAUUUCACGGGUGUAUCUGGCACGGCUGCCGUAAUUGGUUCAAAAUCAAUCGCGAUUGCCGAUCCGUGAGCGGAGUGUCGCUCGACAAGCGUCACGAAGAAACUGUUGCAAAAACUGCCCGGAUGACCGCACUGGGAUACCACGUAACCGAAAUGUGGAAAUGCGUUUCCGAUCGUCUCCUGAAGAACAAUGCUGAGAUGAGGGCGUACAUUGCGAGUCACUCGACUAACUCGCGUCCCGAGUCUUCAAACCCGCGGGAUGCUUUCUAUGGCGGACGUACAGGUGACACAUCGUGUUAUCACGAGGUAAAAACGGAUGCGGACGGAGUCGCGACCGAGCAGAUACGCUAUGUCGACGUGUGCUCGCUUUACCCUUACGUCUGUAAGAAUGGUCGAUACCCGGUGGGACAUCCAGUCGUCUACGUGGCCGACGAGUGCCGCAUGUUAACGGGGAUAGGCGGUACGGACAUAGCAAGGGUCGACGGCUUGGUGAAGUGUACGGGCAUACCGCCUCAAAACCUAUACCACCCAGUCUUGCCGGUGCGUAUGCACGGAAAAAUGAUGUUUGCCUUGUGUCGCACGUGCUGCGAGAACCUCGAACAAAACGGCUGUCGGCAUAGCGAAGAGAAACAGCGGGAGUUCGAGGGUACGUGGGUAUCCGACGAAUUGAGAAAAGCCGUAGAGAAGGGCUACCGGAUUUUAAAGAUUCUGGAAAUCUGGCAGUUUCAGAUUACUUCUUUUGAUUCUUUCACUCGGCAAGGCGGCCAUUUCGCAAAGUAUAUAGACACGUUCCUCAAAAUCAAGCAGGAGGCCAGUGGCUGGCCUGCCGAUUGCAAGGACGAGGCAUCGCGCAAUAAUUAUCUCGACGAGUACGAGAGAGUAGAGGGAAUUCGGCUAGACCGUUCCAGAAUUUCAAAGAAUCCCGGUCUGCGCUCCGUGUCUAAGUUAUGCCUGAAUUCGUUUUGGGGGAAGUUUGGACAACGGGAAAAUAUGACGAAAACGGAGAUAGUGAAUACGCGUCAGCAGCUAUUGGAGUUAAUCACCAACCCCGAAGUCGUGGUAUCGGGCAUAUUAAUAGUAAACGAUACCGUACUGUACGUCAACUGGUCACACGCCGCGCAAAGCGUUGGACCGUCGCCUCUAUCCAACGUCGUUAUCGCCGCGUAUACGACUGCCCAAGCUCGCUUAACCCCUUAA